AUGAACGUGUUGGAGCUUAAAGCGUGCAAGGAAGACAUACCAACCUUCAGAAAGCAGGUCAAUGACCACGAAGAUGCCGUCCUUGCCCUCGAAACCACCGUCCGCUCCCUCCUCAAACUGUCCAAGGCAAGCGUCGAGUUGGCCGAAGAGUACAGUGCUCGUCAAAUCCAGAUGGCCGAAGAGAUGAUGACCGUCGCACAGUCUCAGCGUGGGCAUGAUUUUGUUGUCAUCUAUGGAGGCGUUCUCGCACGCGAUCCAGGAUCUGGAGAGGAAUCGAUCGAUGAUGGUACCGUCAACACUGCAUCACAGCGGACAAAGGAAGGACACGGAUACUGGAUGCACGACGACGGAAUUGAUGCUGACAUGCAUAACACUCAAAUUACACAGAUGUUUAUCGAACCCAUGGAGACCUUUCUUAAUCAGGAAUUGCUUCCUACCAAGGUCAGUGCGUCAAUUUAUAAGGAGGCGAGAAAGUCCUUCCAAAAGGCAAGCGACGAUGUCGAUGUGGCACUGCACCGGUACAUGACCAGGAGGACGCGCGAUCAGUCCAUUCCAGAGGCUUCUAAGGAUGUCGCGGAUGCUAGGAAAAAGUUUCAUGUGGAAUAUGUUGACUACUGCAUCAAGCUGAACGAACUUCAGGCAAAGGAGAAAUUCGAGUUCACGGAACACAUCGUGACCUACAUGUAUACCCUCAGCUCCUUCCACCAUCGCGGAUUCGACGUCCUGAGCCAAGUCGAACCUUCCAUGUCUUCAAUCACUGAGAAUAUUCAAGGAACCAGAUCUCGCUUUAUCGAAGAAAAGCCCAUCGUCAAGGCAUUGAGAGACGAGACCCUGAACAUUGGAAACGAAAUGUACUACCCUCUUCGACCAUUUGGCGCUCCGGAAUCUGUUCGCACCCACGCGACCACCAAAGCAGGAUACUUGUACAAGAAGGGACAUCAGAGAGUUUUGCCAUCAUGGAACAGGCGCUACUUUGAGAUCGAAGGAGAGCUGCUGAGCUACUGCACCAGAGGCCAGAUCCCUAGCAAGACAGAGAGCGAAUCCAACAUGGUCAUCAACCUUCGCGUCUGUACAGUCAAAGUCAUUGAGCAUGGCGAUCGCCCUCAUCUAUUUGAGGUCAUCUCGCCCAUGCGGGUGCAUGUAUUGCAGGCUGAGAAUGUGGAGGAAAUGAAGGAGUGGGUGCACUGCCUGCAGAAUGCUAUCACUGCUGCCCACAACUCGGAUCAGGCACCAGAAGUCAGAGGAUUUGGAAACAACAACAGGGAAAAGAACGAACCCCUCUUCCCUCAUAUCGGAUCACCCAACUUGAACGGAAACACUGAUCAGGACAAGCAACUGCUUCUUCAAGUCCGCAAGAUCCCUGGAAACGAGGUCUGCGCCGACUGCAAGUCCCUCAGUCCUAUGUGGGCGAGUGUCAAUCACGGAAAUGUGUUGUGUAUCGAGUGUUCAGGAAUUCAUCGCAGCUUGGGAGUGCAUGUCAGCAAAGUUCGAUCCCUGAACCUGGACAAGUGGGAGACCGAGACCGUCGGGAUCAUGCUUAAGCUGGGUAACGAAAAGACAAACAAAAUCUUUGAGGCCAGGAUUUUGAGUGGUGAUGAGGAGCGCCGGAUCUCCAUCAACUCAGACAGAGCGGAGAAGGAACGCUUUAUUAUGGCCAAAUACAUUAAAAAGGAGUUCAUUGCAACGGGCGACGACAAGAAAGAGUUUUUGAAGCGCUCGGUGCAUGAAGCCUUCUGGGAUGCCAUGGAUGUAUCGGACUUUUGCGAGGCGUUACGCUGCUUGGCAUUGGGCGCCAAUGUCGACCACCGCAACGACGACCAUGGAUCAAUGACACCCCUCCACCGCGCUAUUGUUCGCAGGGACGAUAUUGCCGUUGAGUUUUUGUUCCAGUGGUUCUGCGACAUCAAUGCUGUCGACGGCCAAGGUUGGAGCGCCCUGCACCACGCCGUUGCUAAUGAUAGCCCAAAGCCAUUGGCGCACCUCAUCAAGAAACACGCCAAAUACGACAUUCGCAACCGGAACGACCAGACCCCUCUGGAUCUCGCGAAAUCAUUGGAAAAGAGCGAGGCGCUGAUUGUGCUGCAGAUCUACCAGUUCGAACACCAGCAGACGGAGCAAACACGACCCUCGAGCGCACAGUCAGGAAAUAUGUCCAACUCGACGACCCUGUAUCACGCAUACGUCCCCUCGCCACCGCCCUCUCUACCAGGAUCCUCCUCCUCUCCAGCAUCGCUCGCCGACGCCGCAGGAUUCGGCGCGGCAGACCCAGCCUCCAUAGGCUCAACUUCUAACGGCAUCUUGCCACCAUUGAUGCACUCUGCCACCGCAUCCUUCUCGAGCACCAACAGUUUACCUACCACUGCCAUGUCAACACUGUCCCUGGCCAGCUCUGUCGCCACCACAACCUCUACAACUGCAAGCAGUAUUGCGGCCAGUUACAUGACCAAGGAUGGCAAACCCAAUCUUUCAGCGCGGAACAGCACAGGAACUUCGCUGAGCUCUGCAUUCACAAGUGCUACCGCUGGAGCUUCUGCCACCCCUGCAAGAUUCUCGAUGGCUGACUCGCGUUCAUUAGCUGGCGCCAUGGCGUCGGCGGCUGUUGCGGGAGGUAACCCUUGGGCGGAGGAUUUGGAAACUGCCAAGGCGACCAUGCUUCAGGGAGCCAAGGACUUGGCGCAGGACUUUACGGGCGUUGAGGCGACUGCCAUCAAAGAGGAGGAGGAAACUGCUUAG